GCGGAUGGCGACAGGUUAGUACCUCCAUGUCUUCAACAUAUCUUAUUCGUGACGCUAACAUUUAUCUGCUAGGUCCCCGUCUCCCCCGCCACAGUACGAUAACUUUGGACGACGUGUAAACACUAGGGAAUACCGCUAUCGCAAACGCCUUGAGGAUGAGCGUCACAAACUCGUGGAAAAAGCGAUGCAGACCAUUCCUAAUUAUCACCCGCCCUCUGACUAUAGGCGUCCCACUAAGACCCAAGAGAAGGUCUAUGUGCCUGUGAAUGACUACCCAGAGAUUAACUUCAGUAUGAUAACUAACCCUCUAACUCCUAACCGUUUUGCACUCACUCGUUGCUCGAGUCGGGCUCACGAUCAAGACAUCGCUGCUUCUCAGCGAUUCUUUUUCGGCUCGCUUCUUGCUAACCCUUGCUUUUUUUUGUUGCUUAAUGUUGCGCACAUGCCUUUUUACAUCAUCAAGAAAUACCAAGGAAAACAAACCGAACUAACACAUAGCUCUUGCUACCUAUUACAGUUGGCUUACUCAUAGGUCCCCGUGGAAAUACAUUGAAAAAGAUGGAGACCGAGUCUGGUGCAAAGAUUGCUAUCCGCGGAAAAGGCUCCGUCAAGGAAGGAAAGGGCCGGUCUG